CACAUUUUGCUGUUAGGUAGGAUAUUUAUGUCUCUUCGCCACAGAGGCGCUCAAAUGACUGAUUACGUAACAGCCGCAUUUCAUUACUUAACAACAUCCGGUUAGCAUCCAUAGCUUCUUGUUUGAAGCUGAAAUCCCCGUGCUUGAUAUUGCAUCUAUGUUAUUUGACGUUUGCCACUGACAGUGUUCAGGUUUGCUAAAAGAAGGUGCUGUCACUUGAAAGGGGCAGACAAGAUAACGACUUUAGUUCAGAACAGCCUCAAUUCGAUGGGCCACGGACUCUACAAGGUGUCAAACGCAUUCCACCGGGAUGCUGGCCCAUGUUGACACCACAGUUGUGUCAAGUUGGCUGGAUGUCCUUUUGGUGGUGGACCAUUCUUGAUACACACAGGAAACUGUUGAGAAUGGGAAAAUCCAGCAGUGUUGCAGUUCUUGACACAAACCUGUGCUCCUGGCACCAACUACCAUACCCCUUUCAAAAGCACUUAAAUAUUUUUCACCUUCUGAAUGGCACACAUACACUAUCCAUGUCUCAAUUGUCUUAAAAAUCCUUCUUUAAUCUCUCCUAAUCUUUUCAUACAUAAAAUUAACUUAAUGGGUGAAAAAAAUUAUAUAACAUCCCUAAUAGGUAUAAAUAGCAAAUUGACAAACACUCGAUACUUUGAUAAUGUAACUUGUCUAUAGUGUAAAAUGCUUUUUUUGUGUGUGUGUGGUUUUAUGCUUUUGUAAUAUGCUUUUGUUGUGUGGUGUUUUGCACAAUGUUCGUGUGACGCAAUACAAAAAAAAAACAGCUAGCUAGUACAAGUUAUUUAGUACAGUGUCAGGUAGCUAAUGUAAUGUUGAUGUCAACAAUUUGAUAUCUAGUUAGCUAACAGUUGGCAUGGUCAAAGUGAUUUAGAACUAACCCAAGAUGGACCAUAGCCUGUUAACAAUGGUAGCAAAUUAAUCAUAGUGGGCAGAGCCAAGCACGGGCUAGUGGGAUCCUAUUGGCGUGUUCUAGCAUUUAUUUGCAUAUUUCUGUUAGGGAACGCCUACUCUGAAGUGCACGUGUGCAAUAACUCAAUUAGCCUUGCACUCCUUCUAAAUUAUUAUAUAUUUUUUUACUUUGGCAAUGGGUAAAGUAAAGUACAAAAUGCAGUCUACUCUGUUACAGAUUUUGGUUUUGGGAAACAGAAAAAUGUAUGGAGAUUUAAAAGUUUAAUCGAUGAGAAAAUUGGCAGAAUAUUGGCUGAAAUCUCUUGCUCCAUCUUCUCCCACUUGCUGCCCUCUGGGCUUCUUUGCAUCACCAUAUUUGGUAGUGAGUGGAAACUACAACCGGAAACUCCAACCGUUAUAGAUCCUGUGAAAUGUCUGUCUCAUUGUUAUAUCUGUGGUAUGGCUGUGAUAAGUUUACUGUACUUCUCCAUCAGAUAGCUGUGUCAUCAUUGCCAUCUCACACCCCUUGUUUCAUUGCCAAAUGAUCAGUACAUGGACUGUACGAGUAGCAUGACCUACUGUACGUUUGACAAGUUAAUUUUAUUAAUGGCAGCUACUUCCUCAACAAGGUUACUUUCUUGUCUUGAGACUGACUUUCUGGAGCCCUUGACCCACUUUAAUUAGUGAUGGUGGUGUCUUAUAGGCCUAGAUUAACCUAACCUAAUUGUUACUUUUCAGGAAAUGGCCAUACUGUGCAUGAAAUCCAAAUUGCAGUUGUGGUUCUGAAUAAUCAGUGACUCAUUCAAGAAUUCUGAUCGCUUUGUAGCCUAUAGGCCUAUCUCGGAUACCAAUGCCAAGAAUGUGUUCAAUAACAUUCUCUAACCUACUUAGUCACGCGACUUGGCUUUGAUUUAAACUGAAAUUCAUUGAAAACAAGCAGUGAAUGUAAAAUGACUCCUCUCUCUCUCGCUCCAGAUGUGACGGCGCCGUCUUGCUGUGUGCCAUGAGUAACAGCCACCCCCUGCGGUCACUGACCUCGGUGUCAGAGAUAGACCACCUGCACCUACUGUCGGAGCACCUGGGCGCUCUGGUGUCUGGCGAGGAGUACAGUGAUGUCACCUUUGUUGUCGAGGGGAAGCGCUUCCCUGCCCACCGGGUCAUCUUGGCGUCACGGUGCCAAUAUUUCAGAGCUAUGCUCUUUAAUGGCAUGAAGGAGUCUCAGCCCCAGGCCGAGGUGCCCCUGGAGGACACGCAGGUCGAGGCAUUCUCCAUGCUCCUGCAGUACUUGUACACGGGCCGGGCGAGCCUGAGUACGGCCCGCGAGGAUGUUUUGCUGGACUUCCUGGGCCUGGCACACCGCUACGGCCUCCAGCCACUAGAGGACAGCACCUGUGAGUUUCUGCGCACGGUGCUGAACACGCAGAAUGUUUGCUUGGUGUACGAUGUGGCCAGCCUCUACUGCCUGGGGGGCCUGGCGCAGGCGUGCUGCGCCUACAUGGACCGGCAGGCGCCCGAGGUGCUUGCAUCAGACUGCUUCCUCACUCUCUCUAAGACUGCUCUUCUGGCUGUGGUGCAGCGGGACUCGUUUGCCGCCACUGAGCGGGAGAUCUUCCAGGCGCUGUGCCGCUGGUGCCGGCACAACCGUAACAACGAGGUGGCAGCGCAGGAAGUGAUGUCGGCAGUGCGCCUGCCCCUCAUGAGCCUGAUGGAGAUGCUGAAUGUGGUGCGGCCCUCUGGCCUCCUCAGUUCCGACAACUUGCUCGACGCCAUUCAGACGCGCUCGGAGAGCCGCGACAUGGACCUUAACUACCGAGGCAUGCUCAUCCCCGAGGAGAACAUUGCCACCAUGAAGCACGGUGCCCAGGUGGUGAAGGGCGAGCUGAAGUCGGCGCUGCUGGACGGAGACACGCAGAACUAUGACCUGGACCACGGCUUCUCCCGGCACCCCAUCGAGGAGGACGGGAGCGCAGGCAUCCAAGUCAAGCUGGGCCAACCCUACAUUGUCAACCACGUCCGCCUGCUGCUGUGGGACCGCGACAGCAGGUCGUACUCUUACUAUGUGGAGGUGUCUAUGGAUGAGCUGGACUGGGUGCGUGUAGUGGACCACUCUAAGUUACUCUGUCGUUCCUGGCAGAGUCUAUUCUUCACAGCGCGUGUCUGCAGGUAUGUACGCAUUGUGGGGACACACAACACUGUGAACAAGGUGUUCCACCUGGUGGCCUUUGAGUGCAUGUUCACACAGCGACGAUACGUUCUGGAGAAAGGACUCCUGGUCCCUGACCGUAACGUGGCAACCAUCGCAUGCGGGGCCAGUGUGAUCGAGGGUGUGAGCCGGAGCCGCAACGCCCUGCUCAACGGGGACACCUCCAACUACGACUGGGACUCGGGCUACACCUGCCACCAGCUGGGCUCAGGGGCCAUCGUCAUCCAACUGGCCCAGCCCUACAUGUUGGGCUCACUCAGACUGCUGCUCUGGGACUGUGAUAACCGCAGUUACAGUUACUACAUCGAGCUGUCCACCAACCAGCAGCAGUGGACCAAGGUGGUGGACCGUACCAAAGUGGCUUGCAGGUCUUGGCAGACGCUGGUGUUUGACAAGCACCCCGCCUCCUUUGUGCGCAUCGUGGGGACCCACAACACAUCCAACGAGGUGGGGAGAGAUGAGCAGGCUCGGGAAGUGUUCCACUGCGUCCACUUUGAGUGCCCCGCCCAGCUCGACACAGAGGUCAAAGAGGGCAGCCCGAACUCUAAGUCCCAGCAGCCUCCACUACAGCCCCAAUCACCCUCCCAGUCCCAGCUCCAACUCCCCACCCGGCCUUCCUCCGCCUCCUCGUCCUCACACUCCCACCCCCUCUAAGGGGUGUGCCAACCCCAACCUCCCCCCUUAGACUCCAGGGGAGAACCACAGAGACUACCCUAGGCAUCUCAAUGCACACAAGCUUCUUUUGUGAUGUUACUCUACAUAAUAUGCUGCUCAAAUGAAAUAAAUAUAUAUUUAUAUGAAAUUAAA